CUAGAACUGAAGUUAACAAAAACCACUAUUCACCAUCAUAAAGUAAGGAGAAUCAGCUAUGGCCUCAGCAAUGUUAAAGAGAACAAGAACGGUGGUUCAAAGUCUGAGAUCCUAUGCUUCAAUAUCCGUAGGUAGUGAUGUUACUGCAGCUGCACCAAGUGUUUCUCUACAAAAGGCUCGAUCUUGGGAUGAAGGUGUCUCCUCCAAAUUCUCUACUACCCCUAUCAAAGAUAUCUUCAAGGGUAAAAAAGUUGUAAUCUUUGGUCUUCCUGGUGCAUACACUGGAGUUUGUUCAAUGCAACAUGUACCUAGCUACAAGAAUAACAUUGAUAAGUUCAAGGCCAAAGGAAUCGACUCUGUGAUCUGUGUUGCUGUGAAUGAUCCAUACACUAUGAAUGGUUGGGCGGAAAAGCUACAAGCCAAAGAAGCUAUUGAGUUUUAUGGUGAUUUUGAUGGAAGCUUCCACAAGAGUUUGGACUUAACAAUUGAUCUCUCGGCUGCUUUGCUUGGACUUCGAUCUCAUAGGUGGUCGGCGUAUGUGGUUGAUGGAAAUGUUAAGGUUCUGAAUGUUGAAGAAGCUCCUUCUGACUUCAAGGUUUCUGGUGGAGAUGUUAUCCUAGGACAGAUCUAGAUUUUUGCCUUUUGUCUCCAUUCUCCAAUAACUUAUGCAUGCUUGAAUGUACGGUACGGGUGUGUAACAAUGGGUUUUUUUCCAAAAAUCUAUCCAUUGACACCCCUAGUAAUUUCGGUUAAUAAAUAUAAAUGGCUAACAAGUUAUCCUGA